AUCAUCCACCUGGACGUCAAGGCUUCCAACGUGCUGCUGACCGGUACCGGUACCGCCAAGCUGGCGGACAUGGGCCUGGCCCGCCUCAAGCGCGGCACCUUCCUGUCUGACGCCGCCCCCGUGGGCACCUUUGCGUGGACGGCGCCCGAGGUGCUGUGGGGCCACCAGUGCGACCAGUCAGCAGACAUCUACGGCUUCGGAGUGGUGGGUUGGCGGCCGCACUGCCGC